GCUCGUUAAAAGAUUGUGCAGUAUUGUGGAUCAUGGACACAGUCAGCCAGCUAGCGAGGCUAAUCUUUAAUCUUUAAAUUCAAACAUUAGAGGAAAUAUUAUUCAACCUGUCGAACAUUUAACACAGACACUGCAGCAGGAUGAUUGACGACUUUGAGAAUAAGGAGGUCCUCACCAGCGGGGAGCUGUGGUCCCAGAUCUGCUCUAGCCUGCCCGAGGUGCAAGCUGAAGCAACCCCGGAGAACAACACUGAGUUCAAAGACUCAUUCCAGCCGGCAGCACAAGUCGGAGUGCAGGUCAAUGGACAGUCAAAUGGGACAAAUACCAGUUCUCCCAGCGCCAAAUGGGAACCCAUGGAAGAUUCAGAGAUUUACAUUGCCAGUUUAGAGAACCGCCUGAAGAAAUUGAAAGGCCAGUCCAGUGAUGUGACCUCCAGGGACAUGUUGCGCUCCUUGUCUCAAGCCAAGAAGGAAUGCUGGGAUAGAUUCCUGCACGAUGCACAGACCUCAGAGCUCUUCCAAGGCAGUGACAUGGAUGAGAGUGCUCUCGAACACUUCAAGCGGUGGUUGAUUCCUGAGAAGGUGGCCAUCAGCGCAGAGGAGCUGGAAUAUCUCCUGAGGCCAUCGCAGAAUACGGAACCAGCUGGACCAAACCAAACACAGGAUGGAGAGGAGGCGGAGGGAGAGAGACACAAUUCUGAGGAAGAGCACAGCCCUGAGAAAUGAGUGUGUUGAAAUAGUAACACUGAAAGAAGAACUAAUUAAGGGUGCAUUCAGUUAAGGUGACUUGUGCGCUCAUUUUGAGCUGCGUUAUGUCACAGCUGUGUUUUGGCCAAAGCUUUUGUUAUCAGUUGUAAAAGAAGCAAUUACAGCCUGUCAUCAUCAUCUGUAUCCCCAGCAACUGAGUGUUUAAGUACUUUUUCAGUCACAUGUGUUUUUUGUCCUUGCUACUCAUCCUUUCAAUGCAUCACACCAUAAAAAUAUAUAAUACAGAUUUGGAAAUUAGACUAGUUUAUCCUGUAAUGGCAGAAUUAGCAUUUCAUCUGUGACUCCUACUAUAUCUGUCACAAGAAUGACUCUUAAAUAUGUAUGAAAAUGUUAAUCCAGGACCACAUGCAGUAUCAUGUUGUAAAUUAGACUCACAACAAUGUAACCAAUGCAUUAUAUUACAGAGAUGUUAUUUUUCUCUUUUUAAAAAUUGUGAUAUCUAGUGUAGGAAUACUCUGUGAUAUGUUCCUGAAAAUGUUGUAACAUAUUGUGUAACAUCUUUAUUUUUGCCAUGUUGAUUUUACAUAUGAAGUUUUAUCCAAUAAAAACAAGUAGAACUGA